AUGGCUGCUUUAUCAUUCAUGCUGGCGGCACGGCAUGCUGCUAUGACCGCCGGCACUCAAAAUGAGCCUCUCUUAGCUGGUCAUGACCCCGAUGGUGGCAGUCAUCGAGUAGUGCCAGACCCCGAUGCGCAGGCCAGGGAAAUGCAGCGGAUAUCGAGUGCGGCGGCGAAAAAGACGUUACUCAUAUCGGCCAUCAUAAUAGCAGCGCUCUUUUUAGCGAAGUGGACUAUACAGUUCGAGAUUCAUGGGCCUAUGCCGGACAUUCUGCAGCAUCAGGGUUACCUCCGCCGAUACGCAGCCGCCCUGUCCACUUCUACUUUAUCAUCUCCUAUAAGCGUUAGCGAGGAGGGUAUAGCUGGCCAGAAAAAGAAGAAAGAGAUCAUACUCAUUGGUGGAUCUCUGGGGAAGAGGACUAUGAUAAAGAAGCAUCUACAAAAUCAUUUCCCCGAUGUGCAAGAAGUCUGGAUCUCGCCACAUGAUAUCUAUAGAAACGCCAGAGUCGUGACAAGCCCUCAGGGACGAGUCGAUGGGGGGCCGCCCGGUAGGACCUAUGCGGUGCCCAGCAAUCAGGUCUCGGCAAACGGUGUAGUCGAUUAUAGUGGAGUAUUAGACUCUCUCGAGAAGGACCUCAUAACACGGUCACAGACAGCGGAGAUCCUCGGAGUAGUUCCAAUGUUGGACGCAUUCGUGCCCUUCGCAGACCGUAUUUGUGCGGCUUUAGGACUACCAUAUUGCGGCAACAACCCUCUAACUACUGAACAUCGGACUGAUAAGGCCCUCAUGCAGAAGUGCUUAGCCGCAAAGGGCCUUCGCCAUUGCGAAAGUCGGUGUUUCACAUCGGCUGCCCAGGCCCUCGAGUGGAGGCGGCCGACAAAAGAAGCCCCGCUGGUCGUGAAGCCAGCGAACAGUGGGGGCUGCGACGGAGUUAGUGUGUGCGUCGCAGAGGAGGAAGUUCGGGACGCAUUUGAUGAUAAUAUGUAUCGAGUGAAUGCCGAGAGGCUGACCAACGAGAAAAUGGUCGUCCAGGAGUAUCUGGGAGCUUUGGAGGAAGAACCUAUGCGAACUAGUCUGAGGAGGAAGAGGGCGAAACCUGGCGAUAACUGUGACGAUCUGGAUUCAUCAUCCUCGGGUGUUGCUGAGGCCGCCGGGAGAAGUUGUCGAUCUUGUUACGAGUUCAUUGUCAACACAGUCUCGACAGAUGGUCAUCAUCUCGUCUCUGACAUCUGGCGUGGCACGCCCAAAGCGAAACCUGGCUCGACUGAGUGCCUCUAUGACAUACAGGAAUCAGUAUCGUGGUCGGAGUGUCCGCGCCAAGUGCUGAACUACGCCUUCCAGGUGUUGGAUGCUACAGGUGUCCGUAACGGUGCCGCUCAUACAGAACUCAUGCUACGCGGCGAAGACGUGUGCCUUAUUGAAGUUAAUGCCCGAAUCGCUGGGGAAGUCCGCGGAGGUGAGUUGGAGUCUUGA